GCUCAAGGGAUUCCCGUGGUCGUGAAUCCGGUUUUAUAUAUCGUUUCCUAACAGAUCAUAAGUUUCACUGGCAGAGGAAGCGCCGAGGGAUUGAAAAGCGUGUGCGCGUUUGGGUGUGUGUCCCGUUAUGACCAGCCACGAUUGAGUCCACGUUCUGACGAUCUCUCACAUAUAUACCAGGCCCGACGAACACCUCCAACUCUGGAAAGAUGAUCCGCAUCUAUCUGAUGCUGCUCUCGUGGCUGUGCGCGGUACAAGGGAAAAUAGGGUAUUUCUGGCACAUUACCGACAUCCACUAUGACCCGAAGUAUUCCACCCAGGGAAACGCGGCAAGCAUGUGCUGGAACACGAGGAACAGCGUGAACAGCGGCCGGAAGACGGCUGGAGAAUUCGGCGACUAUAACUGCGACUCACCCUGGGCCCUGAUCGAAUCAGCGGCGAUGGCAAUGACGUCUCACCGCGGUGAAGGAAUUGAAUUCGUCCUUUGGACGGGUGACGCGCUGACGCGCACUACUGGCAUGAGCCCCGAACUGCGUCUGCAGUGUUUGCGGAAUUUGACCGAUCUGUUGUCCCGCACGUUUAAGGAACAAUUUGUGUUUCCUGCGCUUGGACACGACGACAUUGGAGUGAGCUUCUCACAGCUCGCCGUACUCUGGCAGCAAUGGCUGCCGCAGGAAGCUUUGGACACCUUCAAAACGGCCGGAUAUUACACGAUAGAGCAGCGCUCAGAAAAGUAUCGAAUCAUCUUCCUCAACACGAAUUUGUGGCUGAACACGCUCGACGACCGCAUGCUGCACCGUUCCGGAAGCAGCACGAUCGAUAACACGCAGGAUCCUUUCGGUCAAUGGUCCUGGUUCGAGUCCACCCUCGAGACAGCACGAAGGAAGAAGGAAACG